UUCAUGUUAGGACGUGGCCGAGCUGUGCACGCUCCCCCUCUGGAGGUCGGUGGAGCAGGUAGAACUCUCCCGGCCGGUAGGGGCGGUGGGACGGCGUUCCGGUCCCGGGUCCCUGUUCUGUGGUGUUGGUCUGUCACUCCCGUUCAUUCUGAUUUGGGGGCUCAUCGCCCGCGUAAAGGCUUCGGUGUACCUGCAGAGGUCGUACCUAGGCGUGGGGAGGAGGAGAAGGGGCAUGCUCCGAGCCUGAGUGGCCUGCACUCCAGCUUAACACGUAAGUUGGUGGUGUGGGUGUGGGUGUCCUGAACUCCAGCUUGGCUCUGAGAAGGCGUCUGUCGGCUUCUGCCGCUGGGCCUUGCAGACCUGGGCCUUGAGGGGCUAGCGAGAGGAGACUUCCCGGGCCCUUCCCUGGGGGAAUGCCCCUGGUCAUCGUGGAGACAGACAAAAGGUGGCUUCUGUGGGAUGGAGGCUGGAACUGAUCAGGACAGACUUCCUGGAGGAGUGGAGCCUAGAAUAGCGCUGAGACUGAGUGAAGGGCCUGGGCUUGGGGCAAAACUGAGUUGCUGUAUGGCUUGUAUGAAGGCUCAUGGAGGACACAGGAGGGAGAAGUUGUGGAAGAAAGGAAAACUGAAACAGAGCUGGGAGUCUGUGAAUGGGAAACUGCUGGAUGGAGUUAAACCAGAGUGCAGAAGUGAGAGAAAGCCCUCCUUAUCCUUCGUCCAAGACUGAUCCCAGCAACCUCAGGAAGGACCUGGAAUUCAGGAUGAGGAUGAAUUGAGCAGCUACUUUGUACCUGAUACAGUGUUGACUAGCAUACAGUCCUUGCCCUCAAGGAACUGUCUGCCUAGUGGGAGAGACAAGAAUAACACCUGUGAAGAGAUAAAGGAUAAUAUCGAUAGACAAGGCUGAUUGUCAGGUGAGAGGCAGAGCCAGCCUGAUCUUGUGAGCAGUCCAAAAACUGUUGACCUGUGUUCAGUGCUGAAUGCUGCUGUCGAAGAGGAACAGAGAUCAACUGGAAUCUACUUAGAGGGGAGCUGAGGAGAUAAGAUGUGAUGUCAGUUAGGCAUGUUUGGUGGCUAAGGACCUUUAACCUGUAGAAUGGGCCAGGAGGUGAUGGAAGAUUGCCUCUAAAUACCUGAAGUUUCAUUUGUGGGAAAGAGGUGAGACCUAUUCUGUGUGGUUCUAGGUAUCAAAACUAAGACCAGUAGUUUGAAGCAAUGAGGGACAGAUUCCUUCAGUAGAAGGAAUAGCUUAAUAGAGCUAUCUGAAGAUGGAACGGUUUGCUGCGAAUUCACUGUGAAUGGAGAUGUUCAAGCUAAACAGUCUGAGCUAAGAAACUUGACUGCACCUUCUCCCUACAGGCUUAUAUUCAGUUACUAAGUUCUGCUUCUCAAGUCUGUUCUCUCCUCCCUACUCGCUCCACCACUGCCGUGAUGUAGCCUUGUGUCUUAGUUAUCUAGUACUGCCAUAACAGAAAUACCACAAGUGGAUGGCUCUAACAAAGAGAAAUUUAUUUCCUCACGUUAAAGUAGGCUAAAAGUCCAAAUUCAAGGUUUCAGCUCCAGGGGAAGGUGGCUCUGGAAGAAGGUCCUUGUCCUCAGUCUUCCCAUGGUUGAGAAGAUUCUCAGGUGCAGGGACACCGGGUCCAAAGGACGUGCUCUGUUCCUGGUGCUGCUUUCUUGGUGGUAUGAGGUCCCCAACUCUCUGCUUGCUUCCCUUUCCUUUUUAUCUCUUGAGAGAUAAAAGGUGGUGCAGGCCACACCCCAGGGAAGCUCCCUUUACUUUGGACCAGGGACGUGACCUGGGUAAGGGUGGUGUUAUAAUCCCACCCUAAUCCUUUUUAACAUAAAAUUACAAUCACAGAAUGGAGGACAACCACACAGUGCUGGAAAUCAUGGCCCAGCCAAAUUGAUACACGUAUUUUUGGGGGAACAUGAUUCAAUUCAUGACACCUUGCAUCGUUUUCCAGCAAUAAGAAUAUCAUAAUUAAUUAUACUUGUUGAGCCCUUUCUACUUGCCAGGUACUGUUUUAAGUGUUCUAUAGAUAUUAACUGAGUCCUUGAGAUGACCUUUUCAAGGUAGCUGCUAUUAAUGUCCCCUUCUUUAGAUCGGGCAAGUUGAAGGUAAGCAGCUUCCCCAAGGUCACACAACAGAGCUGUGGUUCCAGCUCAGGCUGCCUGGCUUUAGAGCCAUUGCUCUUUACUACUAUCCUACUGUGUUUUCCGUAAGUUAUCUUAUUAAUCCUCAAAACGAUCUUGAUUUGCAGAUAAGGGAAUUGAGGCUCAGGAUGAGGGAUUUGCUUAAGCAAGAUGUGGGAGAGCUGGGAUUCAAACCCAGGACUCUUGGACAUGAAAACCAUCAUACUCUGCACUUCAGUCCUCCACACCCCCUUGUGCCGCCUCUGUAACUAUCACUACUGUAACUCGUCACCCUGCUCAGUCUUUCAGCCCUUAAAUCCGUGAGAUUGUUCCCUGGAGCCUGGAUGACCCCAGAAGUUGUGUGUGAGAUUUGUGUGGACGUGCAUGUGUCAGUCAAGCUUUAAGCCCAGGCAUCAUAGUUUUCAUGCUCCCUGAGUAGCUUUUGAUCGCAGAGUAGUUAAGAGCUGUUCUUUGCCCUUCAGCCAGAGGUGACUUUCUGAUGCACCGAUUUGAUCUGGGCACAGUGAUGCAUUCACCCUUCUCUGCCCUCAGCAGAGUCCAGAUGCCUUAACGAGAUCCCAGGAAAUCAGACAACCUUCCUUUCCUCCUUGUCACUCCCCUCGUAAUCUCACCACUGCGGUAAUCUUUACAUGCCUGUCUCACCUCUGUCCCGUCAACUUCUCCAGAGCAGGGCCUGUGCUCACGUGUGGAUGGCCAGGCCUGACAGGUGUUACACAGUGGGCAUUUGCUGUGAAUGGCACUGGAUGCUGUACGUGGAAUUCAAGCCUGGGCCGGUUGUUUGGACUGGUGACUUUGAAGCUCUCCCACUGCUGGCUUUGAGAGCCUUUGAUUCUCUGAUAGGUGGUCCCUGUGUGGGGUGAAGCUCUCCGUGUUCAUCCCUGUCCCCCACCCUGCCGUGGGCCACCAGCCGCAGGAUGAACUGCCGCUCAGAGGUGCUGGAGGUGUCGGUGGAGGGGCGGCAGGUGGAGGAGGCUCUGUUGGCCGUGCUGCACACGGUGCUCCUGCACCGCAGUACAGGCAAGUUCCACUACAAGAAGGAGGGCACCUACUCCAUCGGCACCGUGGGCACCCAGGAUGUCGACUGUGACUUCAUCGACUUCACCUACGUGCGCGUCUCCUCUGAUGAGCUUGACCGUGCUCUGCGCAAGGUUGUCGGGGAAUUCAAGGAUGCCUUGCGCAGCUCUGGUGGCGAUGGGCUGGGGCAGAUGUCCUUGGAGUUCUACCAGAAGAAAAAGUCUCGCUGGCCUUUCUCGGACGAGUGCAUCCCAUGGGAAGUGUGGACGGUCAAGGUGCACGUGGUAGCCCUGGCCACAGAGCAGGAGCGGCAGAUAUGCCGGGAGAAGGUGGGUGAGAAGCUGUGUGAGAAAAUUAUCAAUAUCGUGGAGGUGAUGAACCGGCAUGAGUACCUGCCCAAGAUGCCCACGCAGUCAGAGGUGGACAACGUGUUUGACACAGGCUUGCGGGACGUGCAGCCCUACCUCUAUAAGAUCUCCUUCCAAAUCACUGAUGCCCUGGGGACCUCGGUCACCACCACCAUGCGCAGGCUCAUCAAAGACACCCUUGCCCUCUAGGGCUCGCUGGGGACCGGGAGCUCCUUUAUGCCUCCCAGACCUUGGCUUCUGGGGAUUAUGCUGUUGAGGCCCUUGGGGCUCUGGAAACCUGCUCUGGGUCCUUGGGUGAGACUUGGGAGGGUUAGUCCCUGGCUUCCUUGCUUGGGGACACCAGCCUCUCUGGUCCUCCUUGCCUGAUGAUCAGGUCCAGCAUUACACUGUCUCUCCACACCCAGACUGGGGUCCGCCUUUCUUCUCCACUGUACAGAAGGAUUGUGAAUAAAGUUGAGAGUGUGAGAUUGGGUUGAGCCAUCUCUCCUUUGGCUUGUGUUCUACCCUGAAAUGUUAACUUUCUGGCACACUUGUGAGGACAUGGGCGUGUGUUGAGGGUGUUUUUCCAAGAUGACGGGGAAUUAAAGAUUAUAACAGAUUUUGCACUUUGUUGGACAUUCACAGAGGCAGGUGUUACCCAUCCAGAUGUGGCCAUGGCCAAGCCCAUGAAUGAGGACAUGGGGUCAGAUGUGACUGAGCCAUAUCUCCUUCCUGGCUUUUAUAUCUCCUGGUCUUGCUUCAUAAUGGCCCCAGGGAAUAUUUUCUGUCUUUACAGAACGCACACAGGCCCAGCAUGUACCAGAUAGGUAAUUUGAUUUGGGGUUUUGCUCUCUGGAGAGAGAUUGGCCAUCUUGAGACCGUCUGGCGUUUAAUGACACUCUUCCAGGUCAGGCUGGCUCUGGCUGGUUGUUAGGACAUUGCUUUGGUAACUCAUGCUCACAUUUCCACACAAGCAUACUCAAAUUCAGUGAACGUUGUCAUGCACUACGCUUUUUGUUGAUUUGUUCCAUGUUUUGCAAUCCUCUUUGGCUACAUCUGGGGCAGUUCUAACCCGACUGUAUGAAUUGUGUGUGUGUGUUUGUAGCGGGGGGACAUACUAGGGAAGAAAUUGGAGGGGGUUCCUGGAGCAGAGUAGGUAACCAAGAUGCCCAGGAAGUGUUUGCAUGUUUUACUAUUCCAAGCCACCGUUGGCCACAUGAUAUUUCAUGUCCUACCCUUGAUCUCUUGGAAUCAGCUUGACCAUAACUAACAACAAUGGCCUUGAUCUCUCGGUCUUCAGGGAAUUGGAGAACUUGCAAGGGGCGCAGUGGGAAUUGGAGAUGGAGAAGGCCCAUUCCCAGGAAGUCCUCGAUCACGUGUGACCACCACUUGGCCUGCAGCAGUCUGGGGAUCCUUCUUUAUUACUCCCAUCUGACACCUCCCGAGGGGGUGUCUUGGUUAUCUAGUGCUGCUGUAACAGAAAGACUACAAGCGGAUGGUUUUAACAAGAGAAAUUUAUUCUCUCACAGUCUAGUAGGUUACAAGUCCAAAUUCAAGGUGUCAGCUCCAGGGGAAGGCUUUCUCUCUCUGCCAGAUCUGGAGGAAGGUCCUUGUCAUUAAUCUUACCCUGGUCAAGGAGCUUCUCAGAUGGAGGGGCCCCAGGUCUAAAGGACGUGCUCCGCUCUUGGUGCUGCUUUCUUGGUGGUAUGAGGUCCCCAAAUCUGCUUGCUUCCCUUUCCUUUUAUCUCUUAAGAGAUAAAAGGUGGUGCAGGCCACACCCCAGGGAAACUCCCUUUACAUUGGAUCAGGGAGGUGUUACAGCCCCACCCUAAUCCUUUCAACAUAAAAUUACAAUCACAAAAUGGAGGACAACCACAGAACACUGGGAAUCAUAGCCUAACCAAGUUAAUACACACAUUUUUGGGGAGACAUAAUUCAGUCCAUGGCAGGGGGUGACUGGUACAGGUGUAGGCUGGCAGAGACUUUGUUUUUUAUAAGAGGGCUCAAGACUUGCUACAGGAUUUUUCAGGAGAUCUGACCAGAAUGGUCUUCCCUCCAUCUCAGCAUCCGCAGACUUCCUCCUUUUUUGCAGCUGGACUCUGCUCCACUCGCGCACUCUGGCUUGGCUGUGGGACACUCGGCUGGCAGCGGCCUGCCGGUGGUGGACAGGACAGUAACAUCCCUAUCCCUUUUGGCCUUGUGAUAUCUUGAGCUAUCCUGAGCAGGGCUGGGUUUACUCAAGGUCAGGACAGGAGCCUGUUGAUUGAAAUCUGUGCUCUCCCAUUGUUCUGUAAAGAGGAUUCUUCCUGGCCUAUGGGGCCUGAGAAAAGGAUUGGGGGUAGGCUUUGAAACCCCCACCCCCUCCUUCUGUGGAGGCUGAAGGAAGCACUGACCUGCUUGUCCAGACCCAGGGGGCUCCCAAAGGGGAUGGUGGGAGAGGAAGGAUGUGAAUCACUCAGGUCCUGGUGUCUGCCCUGUUGCCUCCUGUCCCAGCAGCCACCUGGGCUACCUAACUGUAUUGAGCUUUGGUCCAGGAACCAAAAACCCAGGGAUGGGGAUGGCCUUUCUUCGUAGCCCCCCAGCCAGCACCAGGGAUGGGGGUCUGGAGGAUCUUUUCAGGCUCUGAGGGAAGUGUAACCUCUAGGCCUCCUUCCCCAAGGCAGAGAGAGUCUUGGAGACGGGGCUGGCUGGGGACAGGAGCUUGCAUUCCCAUGAGUGGGUGUGUGGGCCUUGGCCAGGAGAAGAAUACCCCCUAGCCCCUGGACGCUCCUGAAAAGGGGCUGUGGUCCACAUUGGGGGAGCCCUCUUUCUCUAGGAAGAGUCUGACCUCGCUGGGCAAGGAGUGGGGGGUAGGGCGCCUGGGAUCCGCCCCUCAGGUCCCUCCCCGCCUGGGUCGCCAGCCCGCACUC